AUGUUUCCCAGCAUGCUUGGCUCCCGUGGCCGAGCGUACCUGAUGCUGGUCGUCCUGUCGGUGCUCUACGGAGGGCCUGUGGCUAACGUGCAGGGUAACGUGCAGCUAGCGGCGCUGAGCCUCAGCUGCAAUCUGGAUCUGCAGGUCCACCACGGCCGGAUGCUGUGGAGAGACGCCAUGAGGCCCUUUGUCCUCAUCACAAAGGAGCUGAUGGACCACGAGGACAAGUUUGAGACGGAGGCCAUGGACGUCAGCAGGAACUUUCAGAACAUCAGAGACGAGGUCGUCCUUCAGUACGGAUACGACCGGUUCAAACCGGGGCACGUCGCCGCCGGCAACAGCACUCAGGACCAGUUCAGCUACAAGACGCUGAUGCAGUGUGACGGUGUGGUGGAGGAGGGCGUGAAGAGAUGCACCCAAUGGUUCAGCAGGAAGUGGGCGGCGUGUAUGGAGGCGAUCCCCGUCCCCGUCAUCAAUCACAUCCUCUGCGUGUCCAUGAAGUUCAGCUUCCUGUGCGAUGUCAUGAGAGUGAUGACGCCGUGGUGCAGGGAGCACAUCCCCGUGGAGGGGAACUUCGGGCAGCUGUUUGAUCGCCUCAACGUCUCGGUGGACCUUCUGUCCAGAGAGUUCAGCACCAAGCUGAGCCUGAAGGAGCAGCAGCAGCAGGCGGUGCUGGACGGACCUCUGCUGGAGGAGGAGUUCACGCAGGCGGUGAAAGGAUCCUUCCUGAGACUGAUGCAGACCAUGAAGCUGCUAAAGGAGGUCCUGCAGCUGCUGCUCUCCUUCACCUUCAUCUCCAUCUUCAGCCAGGGCUUCAGUUACCUCCAUCAGUACCAGAGAGACGUUCGAUUUGACAACGUCUACAUCAGCACCUACUUCAGACAGAUCGACGCACGCAGGAAGAAAUCGGGGAAGCUCUGCCUUCUGCCUCUGAAACGGUCAGAGAAGAAGAAGUUCAUCGACCCGUGGAGUCUGAGGAUCCACCCUGAGGAGCUCCAGCAGGUGACCUCAGGUGUGUUCCAGGUGCUGUCUGUCUCCCUGCUGUCUGUCCUGCUGCUAACGCUGGACUUCUCUGUGUUCCACGUUCUGGACAUCGUGAGCAGACACACCUUCACCCAGUUCAACCUGACCAGCGGCCACCAGGUGGACAUCACAGUGGGCGGAGCCUCCAUGAUGGCCCGCCUACUGAGGAAGACGGUGUCGGCCUUCAACAGCUCGUCCAGCCUCAGUAUCCAGACAAACAACCAGGUGUGUAUGUCCCCCCCCUCCCCUCUCCCCCCAGGUGUUUACAUCAGCUGUGUGUGUUGUGUCCUGUUGGUGUCGCUCUUCACCUGCUGCCAAGUUUACACCAACCGACUCCGCCGGGUCAUCGCCGCCUUCUACUACCCAAAGAGGGAGAAGAGGCGGGUCUUGUUUCUCUACAACCUGCAGAUCCAGAGACGCAUUUCCUCCUCAGACAGGAAGCGCUCGGCCUCCCGGCGCGGCAGCAGAACGGUGUGUCAGUGUCUCACCAGGUGUCUUCGUCGGCAACAGGAAGUGUCGGACUCUGAGACGCACUACAGCGCCGCUUAGCCCGGGUCGGGGAGUCCCAUCAGCAGCCCACAGACUUUUAAGAAGAACUUUUAAAGUUUUCAUUACCUGUGGACUCUGUCGCCCCCUGUGGACCGAAAGGGAAGUGUCUCUUCUCACCACAGUUUUUUUACUCGGUCCUUUUCAGUCCUGGUUCUGGUCCUCCUGGGCCUCCUUCCCUCCAGCUAUCACAUUAAAGGACUAAAUCAAACUUAGAUGUCACACUUAAGAUUUGUCCAUUUAAAUAUUACUUACAUUAUAAUUUACAAUGUAAUGCUUCACUAAAUACAGCCUUUGUGUUUGUUUGCUUGUUAAUUGGUGGGUUUUAUCACCUGACCAGAGCUUUGGGGACCAGCUGUUACCGUGGGAACAGAGCAACGCAGUUAACAGAUGGCAGUUUUUGUGGUCGGCUUUAAACUAAAAUCAUUGAGUCCCAGUGGUCACAGACGCUGUAAAAUAAUCUGGAAAAGAUCUCAUUUUGAAAUGUGAUGGGAAAUACAAAUACAUUGUUUUUAUUAUAUAUAUUAUUAUGUAACAUCUCACAGCUUUGUCUUUAGGAGGUUAAACUACUUGGCUCCAGUUGGUGUGUGUGUGUGUGUCACAUCACAUGAUCAGAUAAGUUACGUAACCAGCUGAUCCUUGCAGGUUGUGUAGCACCUCGAUUCAUUCAGUUGUAAUCUGAUUCUGGAUCAGAGAGUGAGGUCACCAGGGUCUCAGAAUCCUCGAUGACCUCACUCAUCUGUAAUCCUGUUGAGCUCAUUGUUCAGCGACCUGAACCUUAAACUAUUUUUAGUUAGAUAUUUAAAGUUUAUUUAGAAAAGACAACAUUCAGUGUCAACUAGGGCAGGGGGGCUGCAGUUUGGCGAACGGUUUGGCUUUAUUAUUUAAAAAUAUUAAAAAUAUUGUUCAAUUGUUGUAGAUCGUUACUUUGGAACAUAAAUACAGCGAUAUUUUUUUAAAACUUUUUUUUGUAAAUAAAAUGAGCCGUAAUUAAAAUAUAUAGUCAAUUAAAUUAGUUCUAGUUGAAAGUCCUUCUAU